AAUAUAUUAAUAACGGGUAUUAUAAAAAUUAGUUUUAGCUUAGGUAAGGAAAUUAUUACCCUAAGUAUAAUAGAAGUAAAGAUAUAUUUUAAAACGAUAACUUUUUAUAUUUUAUUUAUUAAUACCUUAUUUUUUUUAUACUUAAAAAAUAUAGAUUAA